UGGUCAGAAAAGCAGAAGUUAUUGGGUAAUAAUCAGAUCCUCUUUUGUUAUCAGCACAAACCCCUGAUACUUUCCGCUGCUCAAUAGGUUACUUAGUAAAUGAAUCGAAAGGGGGCCUUUAUCUGGAGCCCUGAGGCACACCUCCGAACACUUUCUGCUCCUUUUACGUCUCUAACUCUAGCUACGUCUGCCGAGGCUGAAAGAUGAGACUGUUGACGCUUUCUCUUCUCCUGGCAUCCAGCGUCCUGAGCUCACUGAGUGUAAAGGUUACGGACAGCGGGUUCAGUUUUUCACUGCAAGCGGUGAAGAUUCUGAAGAACCUGAUGGAAGCUUCUGGAAGCAAUGACCCUCAGCUCACUCACAGCACUCCAGUGCCGCUCUGUGCCAACCCGGAAUUGCCGAAUGAGUUCCAGGAAGUGUGCCAAAGAGAUGAUCGUGACAAGAUCUUUUCAAAUCUAGUCAAAAUCAUCACUCCCCCAGACCCCUGUGAGAUUUGUGCCAACGCCGCCUGCACCGGAUGCGUCUUCCACAACAUUUAACUCGCCCUGCGGCCCACCAUGCAUGACCUCCUCUACUCUGACAAGCUGCCGUUUUGGUAUAAGAAUCUACUGCCACCUAGUGCUUUUUAAAAGCACUACAGCAUAGGACAAACAGAAGAAUGUUUAGGAUUUCUGCUAUGUGGUUUGUUUUCAGUCAUUUUUCAUAUUUCACAUUAUGAAUUGUUCUAUUUUCUGUCCUUUGAGUAUGAACUCUUUUUCACAGCUGCCUGAUGUGAAUAAAGAUUCAAAACAGGAAGAAUUAAAAGGCUUGAAAUGUCA